AUGUCAAUGAAUGUAUCAACAACGAACAUCACGUCAACUCAAGUAUCGAAUACAAUCGUCAUUCUCAAUCUUCUCAUGAAUCAAUUUGUGAAUUAUCUUCCAUUAAUAUUCAUCAUUCUUGGUUUUAUUGGAUUUAUUGGUAAUGCUUUAACAUUUCUUCAAUUUGAACUUCGAUCUAAUACAUGUUGUAUAUAUUCACUUUGCGGUUCUAUUGUUGAUAUUAUCAGUCUUUUUUACAAUGUAUUACCGCUCUAUCUAAAUACAAUUUAUAAAAUAUAUAUUCCGUGGAUCAAUAUGAGCAGUCUAUGUAAAUUCCAUAUUUUUAUAGUUGUAUUUCUUCCUCAUUUAUCGAUUAAUUUUUUAUUAAUGUCUAUUAUUGAUCGAUAUGCUAGUACAUGUAAAUUAACAUCAUCUAUACGUCAUCUUAGUAAAAUUAAGAUGGUACCAUAUUUGAGUGGUAUUACUGUUAUUUUCAGUUGUCUUGCUUCACUUCGUGGAAUUAUUCUUUAUGAAAAUACAUCAUCAGGAUGUAUCGUAACAUAUCCGUUACUCAAUAAUAUUCUAUAUAUUGUACUCAAUUGUGUCAUGCAACCAGUAGCAAUGCUUAUAUUCGUCGUACUUACAUUUCAAAAUGUUCAACAGAGUCGCCAACGAGCAGGCGGAACAAAUACAACCUAUUUGCAUCACUCUCGAAAACAAUUCAUUACUAUGAUAUUUACACAAGUAAUAGUGACAGCAUCCAUUUUAUUACCAUGGGCAAUUAUGUAUAUGUAUAAUAAUAUUUCAGCUAAUAUUACGAAAACUUCAGAACAACAAACUAUUAUUAAUUUUGUUUAUUGGCUUACCAAUUACUGGUUCUAUCUUAAUAAUGUUAAAUCAUUUUAUCUAUCAAUAUUAACAUCGCGUCUAUUUCGACAAACAUUCCUUAAAGCGUUAAUCAGAUUAUUACCUCAUGAUUGCAAAUAUCAAUGA